AUGAACGUGGCAACUAACAGCACAAGCACCAUCACUGGUGGUCCUGUCGUGAGCACGCCCGACGAGCUCACCGAUCUCGGCACGUUCAGGCUGGAAUCACCGCGCAGCUCUGAUCGCCUCGAACCUCGUGUGCCCGGCACGAGGCGAAGCAGCAAGAGCGUUUCGGGCGCCAGGCCACCACUGUCAACGUCCGCAACGUCGCACCGAGUCUUCCAGCCCGAGGCUGGGCCAUCAAGCGGCACCCAGUCUCCAUCUGGCGCACGCACACGAAACGGCCUGAAGCGCCGCAUCUCCACUCCCAACCUGGCGAAGCGUACUUUGCCAGAAGACGAGGAAAAGAAGACAGAGGCGGAGGCUCAGCCGAUCGCUGCCCUUGCUCAGCCCACUCUGUCUGCUGCCUCCAACGUCAAGGUGUUUGAGACCCGCGCACGGUCAACAUCCACCUCUAUCGUCGUGCCGCAAACCCUCGCACCAGACGCGGAACCUCCCACCGUGCCAGUGCAGACGCUGACACAUCCGCCAACUCUGCCCCAACUGGCGACCACGGCAGUCUCGCCCCCACCAUGGACGUCCAUGUAUGUCACCCCUCCUUCGCCGCCUCCAACAGAGGAGCAACCGCCCAGCGGGAUCCUCAGCCAAGCCUACGACAUUGGCGAGGCUGUCGUCACACGUGUGCUCUCGUGGGCGCAGCCAGUGGGUCACAGGCGAGAACGCACCGGCAGGACCUCGGACGACGAUUCUGAAAAGGGUCUCGACGGCAGCGAGGAGGAAGAGCCGUUUGACGACGAGGAUGACGGACCUCGUGUCGGUGUCGGACGCAACGUUGGCCGCUACUGGGGUCUCUUUGGCGACGGCGAUCCCGACAACUCGUACUUUGGCCUGCCUCCAACCCCGCCAGACGACGAGGGCAUCACCAUGAGUGAACUGCCGUACCCCAACUCGCUCCCCACACCGGCACUGUCCACCCAGUCCCUCUCGCGCGGUGGGUCGCGCUCGUCCCGCCGCAGCCGCCGCAACCGUUCGACCGACCUCCGUGGCGGGCCCUCGGACGGCUGGUGGGUGCGUGUGUACCGCACAUACCUGUCCAACGGCUCGGGCACUGGCAAGACGGCCGAGGCGCUUCGCGAGCUUGGCUGGACCGUCGCGUUGCUUGCUGGUCUGUUUGUCGUCUCGUUCCUCAUCGUCCUGUACGCGGUGCAGACCCUGCCCAUCACCCAGCUCAAGUCGAUGCCCAAAUCGACGACCGACCUGCAGCUCCUGUCUCACGACAUGCGCCAGUACAUGGCUAGCGGCGACUAUGGCUGGUGGCACACUGUCGCUGUCAUCACCUACGUUGGCUGCUGGAAGCACGCAUGGAGUGUCCCCGGAGCUGUCGUCCUCAACAUUCUCGUUGGAUCGGUCUUUGACCCCAUGCCCGCACUGGCCCUCCUCACGCUCAUCACGGCUUGUGGCUCCCUGGGCGCCUACUCGCUGUCGCGCCCAUUGGCGCCUCUCAUUGGCGUCCUCUUCCCCAAGCCGCUCGCACUCGUCCGUGCCGCUCUGGCACCCGAGUCGUCGGGCACGCGUGUUACUCCACUGCAAGUGUCGUCCAACCCCGCCGAGCCGGCCAUCGGCGCGCCUGAAGACCGCCCCAACAUCUGGCGCCGUCUGCUCCUCAUGCGUGCCAUGGGCUUUGUCCCAUGGUCGGGCAUGAACGUCGCGUGCGGUGUCGUGGGCGUCGACUGGCGUACCUUUUGGCUCACCACCGCCGCCGGCAGCGCGAGCUGGAGUUACGUGACCGCCUCGGUCGGCAACAUUCUCUCGCGUCUCGCACUGCCCCCAGCAUCGGCAGCCAACGGCGAGGUGCCCCAGGGCGAGUCCCUCACCUCGCUCCUCCGCGACCCGGUCCUCAUCGCCAAGCUCGUCUUCCUCACCCUCCUCACCCUCGUCCCCGUGGUUCUCAAGCGCCGCUCGUCGCCCACGGCCGACGACUCUGCCUCCACCACACCCAUCCCGGGCACGCCCUCCAACUCGGCCCCGUCGGCGCUGGGCCUCGACAUGUCGAGCAUCAACAACCGCAGCGGCGACGACGGCUACGAGGUCCCGGCGUCCCCGCUCGCCACGUCCCUCGCCAACUUUACCCCCACGCCGCACAUGUUCGACCUGCUGUCGUUUGGCCGCACGGCCGUGCGUCAAGGCAUCCGCGCAGGCAUGGCCUCGGUGCGCACGGCAUCCAACACGGCCCAGCGUCUCGUCGCCAACAUCCGUGGCUGA